AUGGCUCCUCGACGAGGGGUCACCCCUAUUGUGGCUAUUAUUCGGAACUGGUUCCUCGGACUUAAGUUCCAGAAUCCUCUCCGUUAUGAAGAUGCCUAUUCAAAGAGAACUCAACCGCCACCCAAUCUACCUGUUGGGCCAAGUCACAAGUUGUCAUCAAAUUAUUAUUACACCCGUGAUCCUAGGAGAGAAGUUCUGCCCCCAGAACUAGCGUACCAUCCACUUAAAGCUAUUGCCCCUGGUGAUGACAAAGAAACAAAGGCACAUUUUUCUUCCACUUUCUUCAUUUUUUUUCUUUUCAUCCCUUUCUCUGCAUUUUUUGCUCACCAUUUUCUUUCUUUUCUUUCUUUUCCUUUUUCCUUUCUUUCCCUUAUUUCCUUUCUUUCUUUCUUUUCCUUUCUUUCUCUAUCUUCUCACUCUCUCCUUCCUUUCUCCAUUUUUGCACAUCUUAAUCUAAUUCUCUCUCUCUCUCUCUCUCUCUCUCUCUCUCUCUCUACUUCUAUCUUUUCUUUCUUUCAUUUUCUCACUGAAACCAUUAUUUCUUUUUUCUUUUCUUUCUUUUUUUGUCGCAAAAUCUAUCUAUCUAUCUAUCUAUCUAUCUAUCUAUCUAUCUAUCUAUCUAUCUCACAAGCUACUUUUAUUCGUGUUAUUUAUGCAGGCGGAGCAUUUUAUAAAUAUUUGUACACUUCGCUGGCUAACUAG